GCGGUUUGAAGAGUUUUGCUCUAUACAUAUCACAAACAAAAGCAAGCCAAGCAUUGCAAUAGAACUUAGGUUACGUUUAAGAGAGUUCUACCACUUACAUUCUGGAGGUGGAAUUUUUAAAAAUAUCAUAUUUAAAAAAUUCACAAAAAACGACUAUAUAUAUAUAGUUCGAAUAUUUUUCCGGUGAUAAUUGUUAUUUAAAAAUCCGUCAAACUGGACGCGUUUUUGAAGUACGUCCCGGACGAUUUAUAUAAAUAUUUAAAUAGUAAAAUGACCGGGUCGGGUCAAACAUCGGCGACGGGUUCGCCUGUUAAAUCGAAAAAUCCUGAUUAUAAAUAUCCGUUAUCAGCACAAACAGCGAAAUUGACUUAUCAAGAUAUUUUGCCAUUAAAUGAAGAAGGUUAUCCAGUAACCAAAGAAUUUUUACAACGAGUUGUCGAUGUAUUAAUGGAUUGGGUUAAGGAUACACAUGAUCGAUCACGUCCUGUAUUAGAAUUUCAUCAUCCAGAUGAAAUGUGGCGAUUAAUAGAUUUAGAAAUACCUGAUCAACCCGUAACAUUACAGAAAUUAAUUGAUGAUUGUGCGUUAACAUUAAAAUAUCAAGUGAAAACAGGUCAUCCAAGAUUUAUGAAUCAACUCUCAUGCGGUUUGGAUUUGGUAAGUAUGGCUGGUGAAUGGUUAACAGCUACAGCAAAUACCAACAUGUUUACAUACGAAAUUGCACCCGUUUUUAUUUUAAUGGAAACUGUUGUGAUGAAAAAAAUGCGAGAGUUAAUUGGCUGGGAUGGUGGAGAUUCAAUUUUAGCACCAGGUGGUUCCAUUUCAAAUUUAUAUGCAUUCUUAGCUGCCAGGCAUAAAAUGUUCCCACAAUACAAAGAAAAAGGUCUAACAAGUAUAAAAGGACAGCUGGUUAUGUACACAUCAGAUCAGUGCCAUUAUUCCAUAAAAUCAUGCGCAGCUGUGUGUGGUUUGGGUACAGAUAAUUGUAUUAUGGUGCCUUCAGACGAACGUGGACGUAUGAUACCCCAAGAAUUGGAACGUUUAGUUCGUGAAGCAAAAUUACGUGGAGAUAUUCCAUUCUUUGUGAAUGCUACAGCUGGUACAACUGUUUUAGGUGCCUUCGAUCCAAUCGAUCAAAUCGCUGAUAUUUGUGAAAAAUAUGGUAUUUGGUUACACAUUGAUGCUGCAUGGGGUGGUGGUUUAUUAUUAUCAAAAAAACAUCGUCAUCCAAAAUUCACAGGUGUUGAAAGAGCACAGUCAGUUACCUGGAAUCCUCAUAAAUUAAUGGGGGCUUUGCUUCAAUGCUCAACUAUACAUUUUAAAGAAGAUGGACUACUUAUCAGCUGUAACCAAAUGUCCGCCGAAUAUCUAUUCAUGACCGAUAAAUUAUACGAUAUUCGAUACGAUACUGGUGAUAAAGUAAUUCAGUGUGGACGUCACAACGAUAUAUUCAAAUUGUGGUUACAAUGGCGAGCAAAGGGUACUGAAGGUUUUGAAAAAUUAAUAGAUCGAUUAAUGGAAUUAGCUGAAUACAUGGUUAAUCAAAUUAAAGCACAAUCUGAUAAAUAUUACUUAAUUUUGGAACCAGAAUUAGUAAAUGUGUCAUUCUGGUAUAUUCCACCACGUCUACGUGGAAUACCACACAGUCCAAGCAAGGAACAAGAUUUGGGAAAGAUCUGUCCAAUUAUUAAGGGACGAAUGAUGCAAGCAGGUACUUUGAUGGUGGGUUAUCAACCAGAUGAUCGACGGCCUAACUUUUUCAGAAAUAUUAUUUCAUCGGCAGCAGUUACUGAAGGCGAUAUUGAUUUCUUAUUAGCUGAAAUCGAUCGAUUAGGAAAUGACUUGUAAAUAGUUUAAAGUAAGCCUAAAAUUAAUAUCCUGCACAUCUUCUCACAAUUUUCGUUAUAUUUAUUUUUGAAAAAAAGCACUUAUUUUUUUUUAAA